CUCCUGCUGCAGCCCACAGUCCACAGGUCGGUUUAAAGAUGCAGAGAAGCUUUGGGAUUUUCUGCGUGUCGCUCAUCUUCUGCGCAGCUCUGUCUGAGACCAUCGGGCUGGUCCUCGCGGCGAAGGAGAAGCGUGGCUGGACACUGAACAGUGCUGGCUACCUGUUAGGUCCCCGUCGUAUUGAUCACCUAAUUCAGAUAAAGGAUUCACCCAGUGCCAGAGGCAGAGAGGAGCUGGUCGCUCAAUACGGGAUCGAUGGACACAGGACGCUCGGAGACAAGGCGGGGCUCUCUGGGAAGAGGGACAUGGAGGAGGACUACAGAACAGGUGCCCAGAGAAUAGCAAAUGGAGACAUCAUCCACACUGUCAUCGACUUCCUGUCGUACCUUAAACUUAAAGAGAUGGGAGCCUUGGACAGCCUGCCUUCCUCUGUGACAUCAGAUGAACUGGCCAACCCCUAAUGGCCCCCCCUCUCCUCCCCUCCAUCAGCCCGAGUCAUGCUUCUGCUAUCCGGACCCCCUCCGUCUUACAUGUCCCCUUCCUGUCCCACCAUCCAUACUCUGACGCUGGAUUUGUCCUGGCUCCAGAGAUCUGCUUCUUUGACUCUUUGAAUGAUUGUCCCCCCAAUACAAAUAUGAGAUCUGUCUGCUCCUAUGUAAAUAAAAAGGUCAGCGAGUGUCUGCUGGCUGUGGGACAAUCUGUUCACAAACUCACUGUAUUGUCAUCUUAGUAUUCUUUCAUCUGAUUUAAGAAAAUGGAGGGAAAUUAAUAAACAAAUGGC